AUGCCCGGAAUACACUGGCACGAACUAGACACGGCGACAAUGUCCCGCCUCAGCGUCGAGCUUCUCCGAGAAGAGCUCGAAAGACGCAGCCUGGCAACGACCGGCACGAAAGACGAUCUUGUGCAGCGUCUGCACAACGACAUUCAAGCAAGCCGUGACUCAACUCCGAUGCCGGACCAAACGCCGUCAGCGGCUAUCUUUUCCUUGGAUGCCGCUACUAUUCAAGCGCUCGCGGCGUUGAUGCAGCAGUUGCCACGGCCUUCAACAGUUGUUACGACAUUGCCCGACCUUUCGGCGUCAAUUCCGAGCUUCGAAUAAUCUCCGCGACGCGUCAACGCAUGGCUUGACGAGGUGCGUCGAGUGCAACAACUCGCCUCUUGGGAUGACGCCACUACCCGCCUCAUCGCGUGUAGCAAAUUGAAAGGCACAGCUCGGAAUUGGCAUAUGACGUUUGGCCACCAGCAUGUGACAUGGCAGGAGUGGAGCAACGCGCUCAAGAGCACAUUCUCAUCAGAGCUCUCCCUCACCGAGUGGCAGGAGCGCGUCCUGAAAAUUAAGCAGCACGCCAAUGAGAAUCUCCGCCAGUACGCCUUCGCCAAAUUGCGUCUAGUGGAACAAUGCCCUGUCAAGCUGUCCGAGGGGCAGAAGAUCGACUACCUGCUUCAAGGCCUGCGUGAGCAGCACGUUAUCGCCGCCAUCGCUGCUAGCCAACCCUCUACAGUCCGAUUUUAUGGCGACGUGCGUCAGUCUGGACAAAUGCGCUCAGCACGCCCAAAUGCAGCCCUUUUCAAGACCUUUGCCUGCCGAGCCCCAGCGUGA